GGAUUGUUUCCAUACCAGUUCCUCAACGGCUGAUUGAACGGUAGGUAAAUGUGAGAGCAUCUCUUGUACAGAGUACUUCUGUCUACGAUCUCGAUGCCCCUCCUCAAACUUGAAUUGCAUCGCUCGCCCUGAUUUCUGCGCCAAAAUCGCGGGAGCAGAUGCGGGCAACCGCCAGCGGCGCUGCCGCUGAUAUUCAAGCCCAAGUUCUCCAAAUGACUCUUGCCGAGAUCCCCACGUCAAGAGACAGGGCCACGGCCGACAACAACCUCGACAACGAUAACGAUAACGCCGAUGGAGAUGUUCCCGACUGCUGUGUUAUCUGCCUUGACGCCAUAUCAGAGCCGUGCAGCGCGCUCCCAUGCACACACUCCAACUUUGAUCUAUUAUGCCUGCUUAGCUGGCUCGAACAACGCCCGGAAUGCCCUCUCUGCAAAUCGACCGUUUACAAGGUCCGUUACGCAGGUACACCAACUAGCGAGAGCAUCUUCCAUGUCCCAAACGCCCCCAGGAACCAAUCUUCGGAGGGUGAAGGCCCAUCAAGUCAGCCGCCGAGUAGGCGAAACGCAGAGGCUUUAUCAUGGGCGGCAGAGCUGCACCGGGGCUCACAGCGACGACGCCGUCUUCCAAGCCCGCCCCGCAGCCCCGACGAGGCUAUUCAGGGUCGACGCCGUGUCUAUCGCCACCAACUCUACUCACUGCAUAUAGGGUCCAAUCGAGUUUCGCAAUACCGGCCGGCUCCGACACCCGCUAUUUUCGCCAGUACGCCUCAUUUGGUAUCCCGGGCGCGGCUAUGGAUUCGUCGAGAACUGCAAGUAUUUGCGUUUCUAUCCGAUUCGCAUCACGACGUAUCCAGUAUCUCGAGUGAGAACCAACAAAUUCGUCGGAGGAACAAUGCCGAGUUUCUCCUCGAGUAUAUCGUAGCCAUCAUUAAGACAGUCGACGUUCAAGACAGUGCUGGUCAGGCUGAAGACAUGCUGGCCGACUUCCUCGGGCGUGAUCACUCCCGUUUGUUUCUGCACGAAUUUCGGAGUUGGCUCCGUAGUCCGUGCCAAACCUUGACUGCAUGGGAUCGCGAAGUUCAAUAUCUAGAAGUGCCUAGGAAAAGGGAACUAUCGAGUCGUGAUAGCGAGGGUGAGGACGAGAGUAGGACAAGUAGUCCAACCAGGCCUAGGCGAAGCCGGAGAGGUGAUCACUGGCGGCCCCAUUGUGAUCGCAAGAGAAGGAAAAUUGGUGAGUUUUGGUCGUCAAAACGAGUAGACUUCCAAAUAGUUUCCGGGGCACAAAUCUCACUCCAUGCUUGACUGGCCUCCUCUGAGUGGGCUGAACGGUCGGCGUCAAUGCCCAAGCUCGACUAUGUGCUUGCGGGACAGCCUCAAACUCACGAAUUCGGGUCCCCGGUCGGUUGGUGAUUGGAGGAAGAAGUUUAAUAUAUAUAUCCGUACGUAGCACGGUAAUAAAGAGAACGGCCCUGAGGCAACAGUUGAUAGGGAAGACUUUAUACAUAAAUAGAAGAAUUACGAAAUACACAUAAAUAUAAUCGAAUAUACCUCG